AUGUCCUCGUACGUUAUCACUGGAGCCUCGCGAGGCAUCGGCGUAGGACUCGCCCAGUACCCUGAUCACACGAGCAUCUCUGACUCAUACAUUGGAACAGUUCGAAUUUCUACGACAGCUCUCAAUCAAUCCAGCAAAUACCGUCAUCGGCCUGCAAGCGAAGCCACCGCGAGAAUCACAGGCGGAACCCUCGACUAUCUUAUUGCCAACGGAGCUCGUCUUCCUGAAGGUUCUGCCUUCGUUAGUUUUGGGGAGAUGGGGAAGAACCCUGCCGCUCUGGAAGAAGAGCUCAUCGCAAAUUGCAAAACCAAUGUUGUUGGGAACGUUCAUCUGUUCAACCUGUUCAUGCCAUUGAUUCUCAAUGGCCAGCAGAAGAAGGUUAUUGCCAUCUCUUCGGGGCACGCCGACCUUGAUCUGAUAUCAAAAUACGAGAUUGAAGUGACUGGGCCUUAUGCUGUCGGAAAAGCUGCCACCAAUGCCGUCGUGUCGAAGUUCAGUGCCGAGUAUGCCAAGGAUGGGGUGCUUUUCAUGAGCAUCAGCCCAGGAGUGGUUGAGACUGGACAUUUCAACCCUGCCGAACUGACGGAGAAAGAGCUGCAGAUUGUUGGUGCAUUGGCAGCCAAAUUCCAAACAUAUGCACCACAUUUUCAAGGUCCGAUGACCCCAGAGGCAUCUGUCAAACAGGUCAUCUCAGUCUACGAGAAAGCGAGCCUCGCAAAUGGAGAUGGAGGCUCCUUCGUUUCUCACCUUGGAACCAAACAAUGGCUUUGA